CGCGGGCGGAGCAGGGAUGCGGCCCCGUGGGGCCCGGGGCUCCGGCGUCCCGGGGCUUGUUUAUGUUGUGUCAGAGCCCGGCGCUUCCUCCCCGAGCCGGAGGAGCCGGGGCUGGACGUGCAGCCGGGGGCUCCGGCUAUUCUGGUCCCGCGGGGGCUGACUGUGUACGUGCGGGCGCGGGGAGAGACCCGGCACCCCGAGACACCCUAAUCCCGCUUUGCAGCGCGGAGGGCGGGGAGGGAGCAUGUGGCCCCCGGGGCGGGGCCUGGCCGAGGGGCCCCGGUCCCUGCCCUUGGCCUCGAGGCAAUGUCAUCCUCCCGGGCCUGUUUGACCCGGCCCGUGGUCACAGCAUCGGGAAUCUAGACCCGAAAGAGCCUGGAUUAUCUAGGUCAAAGUAUUCUGGGAUUUCGUCAGGGAGGAGGAAGAGACAGGCGGACGGACAGACAGGCGGCAAAAGAGAGAGACUGAAGACUCUCCGGCCCAGGCCGAUCCCCUCACUUUCAAACGGAGACCACCCAGAGUUAGGGGUGGGGGCUGUCGUGGAGCCGCCCGUUCGCGGCUCUCUCCGCUGCCACACGGAUGCCCGUAAGAUGUGGAGUAAAAUACAGGACUUGAUAAAUGAAGAGGAAAAUUGGGGAGCAAAGGGUCACGUAGGCUUUCCAGGGCCGGAUGCCAGAAGCUGCACUUUCUACUGAUUAGCUCGAAGGACACAUGGUAGCAGCUGGGCGGUGCUGGCAGGACCACGGCGCGUUCGGGGGGAGGUUACGGCUCCAGAGCCACAAGCAGAGCCGGGCAGCUAAGGUGGGAGUGUGGGAUUAAGAGCCCCAGCACCCACAUCAAGUGAGCUCUGGUCAUCCCAGAGGCGGGGAUCUCCCCGGUCUUUGCCUCUCUGCCGUAGACCGAAAGUGUGUCCUGGGAUGUUCACAAAUCCCCCUCCCCCACCCAAAAACUGUUGCUAUGAGGGCACAUUUCCUGUUCUGGUUGCUAAAACCGAGAGUUGAGACUCUGAGGUUCAUAUUCCUGGCAAUUCAGGUUUAUUUGAAUGAGUAAUCGACCCCAAAACAUUUCUUUAACAUCAAGCUCUGUGCCAGGUGCUGGAGAAUACAGAGACAAAGUCUUUGAAACAGCCCUUGUUCUCAAAAAGCUUCCACUCUACUGAGGGGAAAUACUCUCUUCUUUAUGAGAAGAAUAAGUCAUUUUGAUAUAGUAUAAAAUCUACCAAGCACUAGCUUCACAACCCCCCCCCCCCCACAC